AGACGAAAAGUGUGCCGCAGUUGGCCACGCUGUAAUAUUUACGUCCGCUGCCGCGUCGAGGAAUCUGCUGCCCAUCCGUCCAACGCACGGUGGCGAUGCUACACUCCCUUUAACGCGUCGCCUCCUUUAUCCCUUUCUUUUUACAAAUAGCAUUACUCGGUUCUCGGCCCGAGCCAUCACUCCAGCGUUUCACCAAUCAUCCAGACGAGGCCCAAGCCGACGAUGAAGGCGAACGGGAGCAACCGAGGGUCUCUGCGGCCCCAUUACGGCGGCCGGGCUCCCCCGUUCCUCUUGGCAGCGUUGUUGAUCGGCCUUGCACUCAUCGGCUUCUGCUACUAUAACCUGUCGUCGCAGUACAGCGCCCUGGAAUCUCAGUACCGGGAGCUGCAGCACCGGCUCGACGCCCUCCUCGAGAAGAAAGACGAGAUCAAGAACAGGCACGACCAGCUCAAGACGAAGUUCGAGGAGAACUUGAAGAACCUGGAGGAGUCCGAAAAGCAGCUCGCGCAGCGCGACCGCGAGAAGUCGGCGGUCGAGAAGGCGCUGCGCACGAAGGACGAUGAGCUGAUGGGCAAAAUACGCGAGGCGGACACGGCUGCCAAGGCUUUGACGGGCUGCCUGUUAAGCAUGAACGAGACGACCUCAAACCUGUCAAAAACCGAAGCUCUUUUAAAGAAGCUCACGGAAGAAAUGAAGUCUCUAAGAGAAGCCAAAGAAAAUGCAGCUGCCCAACUUCCAAAUGCAAUACAGCCAUCGAGUUCACCCGCGGUGGGGGCGGCCAAACAGGAUAACGCUCCCAAGAAGGAAGAUGGCGUCAAUGCCGGAAGCGCACAGGACACCACGGCCCUGGACCCAGACACGCAUCCCAAGCCAAACUUCUAGCUCCGGCACGGCUCCUUGGACUGAAAAGGGAAUUUGGUAACCAAAGCAAGAGGGGAAACUGCCGUGAUUGAGCGAUUCAUUCCAGAUGACGGGACGAUCUCCGCCAUCCAUCAAUUUGUUUUCUUCCGAGCCUCGACCGCGGUUGUCGUCGUGCGCGAGAGGUCGUCGAUCCUUACGGACGCGGGAGCAUUUGCCAGCUGCCCAGCUCCGGUUGUAGUCUAGCUUGUGACAUUGUGGUGACUGUGAUGGCAUCGUUUUUUUUUUAAGAGGUUGCGGGGGAAAGGGAUGUUAUUGUCGUUUCGACCGUCAGCUCAUUUGUUUUAGUUGGACGCCCGUUCGGACGCGGUCUUUGGGAGUCCGACGGCCAAAGCAUUUUUUUGUCUUCCAUUGUUUGUGUGUUUGUUUGGUUGUGUUGAAGGUACCCUCGAUUUUUAACUUUUAAUUGUCACUUUUGUAAUCUCUGACUGAGAAUAACUUUGACGAGAAAAACUAAGGAUCACUCGUUCAGAAUCAUCUGAAUCUUACCUUGACAAGCACAUAAAGACAUGGUGGUAAUUUCUUUAGAGGGCACAAAUUAGUAUUAGUGUCAUUUAAAGAUGAAUGAAGGCAAACUUUACUGUAUAGCUUGUUUAAUGAGCACGUGAAAUUUCACAUUUGGUUGCGCUGUAUUCUCAUUGUUUUAGAAGAUUUUUUGCCGCAACAAGAGGUUGCGGAUGCUUGUUCUAGCUCGGCAUUUAGUAGCUCAGCUCGGUUGAUUCAUGUGAUGUCCCUGUUCAGCCAUUAUCAUUUUCAUUUAUUACCUUUUCAUGCAAUAUGCAGAUUGUUGGAUUUGGAUACAAGGUGUACCUCGAGUUUGGUUUUUGUAUGGAGUGGCGUGACCCUCUGUUGUUUGGGGUCCGUUUUAAAGCCGGUGACUAUUCCAUGUGCAGGCGUUUUAAUGCUUUUCUUUUUUAUGUUAUAUUAAACCUUGGUUCAUUGCACUGUGAA